AUGCCUGACUUUUGGGUUGAAUACCUCGAUAACCCGACGUUAUCAGUACUCCCCCACGACUACUUAAAGCCAGCAAAUAACAAGUCAGUUGAAGGUAGGUUGGACUUUUCCUUUGCGGAUAAGGUGCCUGAUUUCACCACCGGUUUGGCUGUGUUUGCUGCAUUGGUUUACAGAUUGACUGGUGACGAAGAUAUUGUGAUUGCAACGGAUGCGUCAUCAGAGUCUGCCGAGUUCAUCAUUAGGUUAAACUUGACUCCAGAGUUGAAGUUUAGUGAAUUAAAAGCCAAGGUGCAGAAAGAAUUCGAGAAUAAUGUCAAGCAGAUCAAUUAUCAGACGUUGACUGAAGUUUCGGAAAAGAUCAAAAUUGCAAAGAAGUUGGAAGAGAACCCUGGUCUUUUUAAAGUUUCCUACCAACACUCAAAUAAGAACCAGCAAUUGAAUACCACAGUAGAAGGGUCUGUUAGAGACUUGGCUAUCUAUACAAAUGGAACAGAAUACACCAUUUUUUACAAUGCAUUGUUGUACUCUCACGAUAGGAUCAUGAUUCUCAGUGAACAAUUAACUCAUUUCGUGGCCGAGGUUUUACAGAAUGACAGUGUACCAAUCACUAAAGUGAACUUGGUGACCCCAGCACAAAAAGCAAGCUUACCUGAUCCCACUAUAGAUUUAGACUGGUCGGGUUACCGUGGUGCCAUCCAAGAUAUCUUCCAAGCAAAUGCGGAGAAACACCCCGAUAGAACGUGUGUUGUUGAAACGGCGUCAUUUUUGGACCCCACGUCAAAAACUAGACAAUUCACAUACAAGCAAAUCAACCAAGCGUCAAAUAUAGUUGGCAACUAUUUGAAAAAUACAGGCAUUAAAAAGGGAGAUAUUGUUAUGAUUUACGCCUACCGUGGGGUCGACUUGAUGGUUGCGGUUAUGGGUGUUUUGAAAGCAGGUGCAACUUUCUCUGUCAUUGACCCUGCUUAUCCACCAGCAAGACAAAACAUUUACCUCUCGGUUGCUAAACCAAGAGGAUUAAUUGGAUUGGAAAAGGCAGGCACUUUGGACAAAUUAGUCACUGAUUAUAUCAAUGACGAGUUGGAUGUUGUUACUUCAAUCCCUCAAUUGAGAAUCAAUGAUGAUGGAUCAUUGGUUGGUGGUAAAUUGGAUGGAAAAGAUGUUCUUGAGGAGUAUGCCAAGUUCAAGGAUGAACCAACUGGAGUCAUUGUAGGACCGGACUCCAACCCCACGUUGUCUUUCACUUCUGGAUCUGAAGGUAUUCCAAAAGGUGUUCUUGGACGUCAUUACUCCUUGGCGUACUACUUCCCCUGGAUGGCUAAAAGAUUCGGGUUGUCCGAAAAUGACAAAUUCACAAUGUUAUCUGGUAUUGCUCACGAUCCAAUCCAGAGAGAUAUGUUUACUCCUUUAUUCCUCGGAGCACAGUUGCUUGUUCCAACUGCUGAUGAUAUCGGUACACCAGGAAAAUUGGCAGAGUGGAUGGCAGAGUAUGGAGCUACAGUAACACAUUUGACACCUGCAAUGGGUCAAUUAUUGAGUGCUGAAGCAACCACGGCAAUUCCUUCCUUACACCACGCGUUCUUUGUUGGUGACAUUUUGACCAAGAGAGAUUGUUUGAGGUUACAAACGUUGGCGGAGAAUGUCUACAUUGUCAAUAUGUAUGGUACCACCGAGACCCAAAGGUCUGUUUCCUAUUUCGAGAUUGAGAGUAGAAAAGCUAAUCCAAAUUACUUGAAGAACUUGAAAGACGUUAUGCCCGCCGGAACUGGUAUGCAUAAUGUACAGCUCUUGGUGGUGAACAGAAAUGAUAGAUCGCAAACUUGUGGGGUUGGAGAAGUUGGUGAGAUUUAUGUGCGUGCUGCUGGGUUAGCCGAGGGUUAUCGCGGAUUGCCAGACUUGAAUGCAGCAAAGUUUAUUACUAACUGGUAUGUUGAUCCAAACAAAUGGAUUGAGGAAGAUAAAGCCAAUAGUGCUAAUGAGACUUGGAGAAGUGCUGGUUGGCUCGGCCCAAGAGAUAGAAUGUACAGAUCGGGUGAUUUGGGGAGGUAUUUACCAGAUGGUAACGUUGAGUGUUGCGGAAGAGCUGAUGACCAAGUCAAGAUUAGAGGAUUCAGGAUAGAGUUGGGUGAAAUCGAUACACAUUUGUCACAACACCCAUUGGUUAGAGAGAAUGUCACUUUGGUUAGAAGGGAUAAGAACGAGGAGCCCACACUUAUCUCAUACAUUGUUCCCAAAGACUCUCCAGACUUGUUGAGUUUCAAGUCUGAGUUUGAUGAAGAUGCCGAGGAAGCACAAGAUCCAAUAGUUAAAGGAUUAGUCGCUUACAGAGAGUUGAUUAGGGACAUAAAAGCCUACUUGAAGAAGAAAUUGGCCUCGUAUGCAAUUCCAACCAUAAUUGUCCCCCUUUCCAAGCUUCCUUUGAAUCCAAAUGGUAAGGUUGACAAACCCAAAUUGCCAUUUCCAGACACUGCCCAACUUGUUGCUGUUUCACGAUUGAGCCAAUCAGCCAAGGACAUUGAAGCUAGUGAACAGGAAGAGUUGUCAGAUUUGGAACAACAAAUCAAAGACCUUUGGUUUGAGGUUUUACCUAAUAGACCAUCAAGCAUUAGCAAAUCCGACUCGUUCUUUGACUUGGGAGGGCAUUCAAUUUUGGGAACAAGAAUGAUUUUCGAAUUGAGAAAGAAGUUGAAUGUUGAGAUUCCACUUGGCGUUAUAUUUAAGAACCCCACUGUUGAGCAAUUUGCUAAAGAAGUUGAAAAAGUACUCAAGGGAGAUAAAGACUUUGAGUUUGCUGGAUCAAGUGGAGCUGAGGGUGAUGCGGAUAAUGCUGACGGAGAGAAGGAAGUUGCUAUCGAUUAUGCCCAAGAUGCCAAAAACUUAUCAUCUGUUGCAUUACAUGCAAACUACGAGUCAUUGCAGGCUUUACCUAAAAAAACGGUGAAUGUUUUCCUCACUGGUGCCACCGGGUUCUUGGGAUCGUUCAUCAUUCGUGAUUUGUUAGAAGCCAGAAAAGGUAAGCUUGAUAUCAAAGUCUAUGCCCAUGUUAGAGCUUCCACUAAAGAGGCAGGAUUAGAGAGAAUUCGCCAGACUGGUGUCACGUACGGCAUCUGGCAAGAUUACUGGAAACAACACAUCGAAGUUGUACUUGGCGAUCUUUCCAAAGAGCAUUUCGGAAUGCCUGAAGUAGAAUGGAAACAAUUGACCAACACUAUUGAUGUGAUUAUUCAUAAUGGUGCAUUUGUUCAUUGGGUAUACCCCUAUUCACAGUUACGUGAUGCAAAUGUCAUUGGUACCAUUAAUGUGCUCAAUAUGGCAGGCGAGGGUAAACCCAAGAAUUUUGCUUUUGUCUCGUCUACAUCAACUCUUGAUACCGACUACUUUGUGAAUUUAUCCGAUGAGUUGUUGAAACAAGGCAAAGAAGGUAUUCCGGAAUCUGAUGAUUUGAGCGGUUCAGAAAAGGGUUUGGGCAACGGGUAUGGCCAAUCCAAGUGGGCAGCUGAGUACAUUGUGCGUCGUGCUGGAGAGCGGGGAUUACGUGGAUGCAUCAUUCGUCCCGGUUAUGUAACUGGAUUUUCCAAAACUGGAGCUUCAAACACUGAUGACUUUUUGUUGAGAAUGUUGAAGGGGGCUACCGAGUUGGGAUACUAUCCUGAUAUCACCAACAAUGUCAAUAUGGUGCCAGUAGACCAUGUCGCUAGAGUCGUAACGGCCACUGCAUUGAGUCCACCCAGUGAUGUUGCAUUAGCGGUUGCUCAGGUUACGGGUCACCCAAGAAUCCAAUUUAACGAAUUUUUGGGAUGUUUGAAAUCGUAUGGAUAUGAUAUCAGUCCAGUAGAUUACCCUGUUUGGACAAAUAAAUUGGAGACCUUUGUAGUUGAUGGACUGAAGGAGAGUGCGUUGUUCCCAUUGUUGCACUUUGUUUUGGAUAAUUUACCGCAAGAUACGAAAGCACCCGAAUUGGAUGAUAGCAAUGCUAGAACAUCAUUAAAGAAGGAUGUAGAGUAUACUGGUGUUGAUGUGAGUGCUGGAAAGGGUGUUACUUUGGAUCAAAUGGAUAUUUAUGUUAGUUAUUUGAUCAAGAUUGGGUUUUUACCAAAACCUCAAGGCAAAGGUGAAAAGGAGUUGGUUGAUGUUGACAUCAGUGCUGAGACAUUGAAAUUGAUUUCUGAAGGUGCAGGUGGAAGAGGAUCGGCAGCGAAGUAG